AGCACAACGCGACGAAAGAAAAACUUGCAAAUCAUUUUGGUUGUUUCAUCAAAUAAAUUAAAAAUUAAGUUGCAAAUAAACAUGAAUAGUCUUGGCGUUGAACAGUUUCCCGACUACAAGGUUCCCGGUGUGCAGCACGUUGACUUUUCGCCAUACGAGUCUAAUGGCGGUUCAAUCGUGGCCAUCGCAGGUGAUGACUUUGUUGUUAUUGCCGCAGAUACACGACUGAGCAGUGGCUACAGCAUUCACUCUCGCGAACAGAGCAAACUGUUCAAAAUGUCGCCCAACACGGUGUUAGGCUCCACGGGAUGCUGGUGCGAUACCCUCUCGCUUACCAGCUUGGUGAAGCUGCGUAUGCAGAUGUACGAGCACACUCACUUGAAAACCAUGUCGACUGAUGCUGUUGCGCAAAUGCUGUCCAUUGUAAUGUACAACCGGCGCUUCUUUCCUUAUUAUGUGUCUAACAUCUUAGCCGGUUUAGACAAGGAUGGCAAGGGCUGUGUUUAUUCUUACGAUCCAAUAGGUCAUUGCGAGCGUGCUACGUACCGCGCAGGUGGCACUGCCGGCGCUUUACUGCAGCCCGUGCUGGACAACCAGAUUGGCUAUAAGAACCAGAAUUUGCCUGCAGAUCAGCUGCCGAAGCUCACUAAGGAGCGUGCCGUGGCUGUCGCUUCAGAUACUUUCAUCUCAGCAGCCGAACGUGAUAUAUACACUGGGGACUCUGUGCUGAUUAACGUUAUCACUAAGGAUGGCAUUGAAGAAAAAACUCUGCAAUUACGCAAGGAUUAAAAUGCUAAGAUCAAGGGAGGAUUUGAAAACAUAUUUGAUUUAAAUUUAUAACUUAAUAAUAAAAACAUCUUGAAGAUAAUUUGAAAAGUAA